GCAAUUCAAAGCAUCAAUUUCAAGCCUAAAAGUAGCAUGGCGCAAAGACCCCAAGUUAGAUCAAGCAAUUGAAAACGACAAAAAAUGUAAUCAAUGUUCAAGAAUUGUCAAAGAAGUGUUAAACGAACCGGGUCAGUUAGGAAGCUUUCAGUUGAAUCAAUUUUUGUGUUUCUCAAGUAGACAUUACAUUACUUGAGAAAAAAGCACCCUUCACACAAAAAGAAUGAGGCUUUCUCAACCAUGGACCUAAUAUGCUCUACUGCAGGUUUAGUCUAUAUAAGUGAAACUGAGAGAUUGUUGGCAAGUAAGUACUUUCUAGCUGUUAGUGAGGACAUAACAAAGACCUUGAAAGUUGUUUCUUUUCGAGUGUCAGUAGAAGAACGUUUUGGGAGAUGGACAUACAUAACAUCCGGAAGAUAGUACUGAUUGUGAUAUUCUUAGUGCUGCACCCGAGUGGAUCAAGAAGCCAAUGGUCGGGUAACCAGCCUAGUCCUCUUUGUCCCUCUCAAUUUGCACUAGUGAAUCAUGCAUGUUCAUUGCUUCCAUUUCUUCCGGUGUCUCCACCAUCUCCACCAUCCCUUCCCCUGUCAUUGCACCCAGCUCCUCCAAGCCCCCCAGAAAGAAGACACAGACGCAGGCAUGCACGACACCAUGAGUAUACAGAAACUGCUGUAGAAGAGAAUUGCUGCAGGUGGAUGAAACAAGUCGACAGUGUAUGUGUCUGUGAUCUGCUGGUUCGUUUGCCUCUGUUCUUAUCUAGGCCUGUCCACCACUACACAAUCAUGAUUGAUCCAGCUUGCAAUAUUACGUUUGAGUGCGGUUCGAGGACGAGGUCUCCAAAUCAAAUGUUACCCCCGUUUCCAUGA